AUGCUCCUGUGACGUUUUCGCUCUCAUGAACUCUCGCGAUGAUUUGUUCCCGUUACAUUCAGACCGCGAGAAGAUGAGCGAUGGCAAUAGAAAACAAACCUGGGGACGAAUUUGAUACCAUUUUCAGUCAAAGCGACUCCUUAGAGCUCUCUUCACAUCACGAAUAUGACACAGCACAGACUCGGAUAUUCAAGAUAAUAGUCAUAGGUGAUUCAAAUGUUGGAAAGACGUGUUUGACUUAUAGAUUCUGCGGUGGGACUUUCCUGAAAAACCCAGAGGCAACGAUCGGGGUCGAUUUCAGAGAGAGGACGCUGGUGCUCGAUGGGGAGAAUAUCAAGUUGCAGAUCUGGGACACAGCAGGUCAGGAGCGUUUCAGGAAGAGCAUGGUGGAGCACUACUACCGCAGCGUCCAUGCCGUCAUCUUCGUGUACGACGUGACAAGCCUCUCCUCCUUCGAGAGCAUCCCUGAGUGGAUCGAGGAGUGCAAACGACACUGUGUGGGACCCCUGGUGCCGCGCAUCAUGGUAGGCAACAAGUGUGACCUGAGGGACCGCCGGGAGGUCCCUACAUCUGCUGCACAGUGUCUCGCUGACAGCUACAACUUCCCACUGUUUGAGACUUCAGCAAAGGAACCUACCGAGAAGGAACAUGUAGACGCCAUCUUUCUGACUUUGGCCUACAGACUGAAAAGCCACAAACCUUUGAGACUGAAGCAGCCAAGUGAAAACAGGCAGAUGUGGAACCAGGGGGAGCAGGAGUCUGGGAUUUGUCAGUGCUGAGGUCGCCUGUAACCUGUUCCUGCCUUCAGGAAUAGUAAUGCUGCUUAGACAAACAUUGUUCUCCCUGAAGCUGAGACUGCACACUGAAAUGCAUCUUAUUAUUUGAGAAAGAAAAGAAGUAAAGUUCCUGUUGUUUUCCUUUUUGACUGUCUGAUGCAAAGCACAGUUAGUGACACUAUGGGCCUUUAAGUUUGCACUAUAAUAGAUCAAUAUUUCAAUGAAAUGCAUGAAUGACUAUGGAGAAAUGCAGAAACUUGUAGCUUAACUCCCUCAUGAAAUCACAGAGUUGCAGGAUUCACUCCUGUCUUAUGGCAGUUUAUAUGCAAUCAGCUGUCCAGUAGCAUAUAUUAUGUUCAGUAUUCAAUGCAGACAGUGUAUUAAAAGGUUGAUAUAGAUUUCAGUGUAAGUAAUGGGGACCAAUAAUGAAAACUGAAACUGUGAAGAGAACUGUGUAUACAUUUUCUCUAUAAAAUGUCUUGAAAGGGUGCUUUAGUAUUUUUCUUUGAUGAUUGCAGCAUGAGUUUUGGUGCUGUUGCUGUAUAUGGACAAUCACCAGCUAUGUGUCAGCCUUUGCCUCCGCAGUACUAUCGGAAAGAGCAUACUAAUGACAAACUGUAGCUGUUUUUGGUCUUAAUGCAAAUCCAAACAAGUCACUUGAAAAGCAUGCAUUAAUACUUAAACAACUCUAAUGCAGUAAGGUUACAAUGGUGAGACUGUUUCACGUGUACAAAAUUGCUUAUACUUCCCAACAGUAUAAUUAUGUGACACAACAGAAGCUGAAAAUCAUUAAAGGUUGUUUAUCUGUACAAUGUCAAUUUCCUGUUCCUGUUCUUGUUCAAUGUCCUUUAAUAAAGCUAAGCAACACCA